AUGUUUAAUCCUUUUGGGAACGUGUCAUGUAUCAGAACGUAUAAAGCAGUAGAAAAAUCAAACGGUCUUUGGUGUCACAUGUGUUAUACGAUGGAUAUAAAUAAAGAAUAUUGUAUGAACGUGACAAGAAACGAUUCGUCACUUCAUUAUAAAUGUCACGGUGACAUGAGAAUGUGUAUGGUUAAAAGAGUUUCUUAUUCGGCAUCGACGAGUAAUAGUUCGGGUAGCGUACAUAAAGUAUGGUCACUAGAAAGAAAUUGCACACAAAAAUGCGAACCCGGAUGUAUAAUAAUAGGUAUAAAUCAAACAACAACAACAAUUUAA